AUGAGGCCAAUCACACUCAUCACUCAGCGACAAAACACCAAGGUAUUGGUGGAUUACCCUGAACCAGCGAAGACAGCGGAACCAGUCCCUAGAUUACAUCGACAGCUCCCAAGGCACCAAUAUCCCUUGGUUUCGUUACUCCGUGCAGCACAAGGAGUCGGACUGGACCAAAUAUCUAGAGAUUGUACACCAAAUCACUACUAUGCAAUGAAUUCUCAGCUAUUUAGUUCCCAAUAUAACAACCAACAACAAUUUAUUUCAAACUAUUUCCCAGUCCAUAAACCAAAGUCGCGGCGUAUACGGUCAGCUCAACCCUCUCAUAUUACUGGAGAUAACUUAGUAAAGAUAGCCCUUAAUCCUAGUCAACCUGAUUCCAGGAUCCCUACGAUUUUCGUUAGUAACAUCCGAUCUAUUGCACCAAAAAUUGACGAACUAGAGUGCGUGGUUAAUCAGAAUGAUUCAGACAUAGUAUGUAUUACAGAAACGUGGUUAUCUGACGAGAUACCUGAUAAUGCAGUUGCAAUGCAUGGUUUUACCUUGUUCCGGAAAGAUCGUGAAAAACGCGGCGGAGGUGUAGCAAUAUUUGUUAAGUCCAAUAUUCAAUGUAAAAGACUAUCAGUUCCUGAAAUUCCUGGGUCCGUGACUGAAAUUAGUUUAUGGUUACAAAUGAGGCCCUGUCGACUUCCGAGGGCAGUGUCAUCCAUUCUGAUUGCAGUUGUUUACCACCCACCACAUGCGUCGGCCGAUGAUAAUUACAAGGUUUAUAACCAUAUUCAAGGUGCUGUUGACUCGCAUUUAGCUUGUCAUCCAGACAGUCUAAUUUGCAUCGUGGGCGAUUUUAAUCCCAAUUCAACCAAUAUAUCUUCCAGCCGCUUUCGUCAGUUAUGCGGCCUGGCGCAGAUUGUAAAAGUUUUCACAAGAGAUUCAGGCAUCCUUGAUUGGUGUUUAACAAAUAAAGCUAAAAUUAUGUCUGUACCCGAGAAAUUACCCAACAUUGGCUCCAGCGACCAUUACUGCUUUGUUGUCAGGCAGAAAUUGCCUCGAGCAAAACCACCGCCCAAAGAGAUUAUCUUUAGACGAGACACCCGUGAUAGUCGAAUUCGAGAAUUUGGCCAGUGGAUAACCUCGUUUUCAUGGCAAGAGGUAAUCUCGAAAGGUUCGUGUCAAGAUAAAUUUGAAUGUUUCCAUCGUACUCUUUUAGGAGCUGUUGAAAAAUAUUUACCUAUGAAGGCAGUACGUAAAUGCCGCUCCGACAAGCCUUGGAUGACAAGCAAGAUAAAAUCAUUGAUUAGGAAAAGGCAAACAUGUAUGGCAAAAUAUGGGAAGGAGUCCUCUUCCUUCAACUUUUGGAGAAAUAAAGUUGCUCAAUCCAUCAAAGAAUGUAAGGAAUCGUAUUAUAAGUCUAAAGUUAGAAACCUAAAAGUCACGGACGCAAGCAAAUGGUGGAGAGAGGUUAAAAAUUUCUUUCUGGUAUGGCUGACAGAAAUAACCAAUGGUUUGAGCACCCCAUUGACGGUGAAACUGUAGAUUCCGUUAAUACGUUAUGCAAAGAAUCAAUCAUUUCUUUGUAAACCUCACGAAAGAUUUUACGCCUCUCUCACAGGACGAUGUUUCUAACUAUUCUGCUGGUGAUUCUGGUAUUGCGGAUGAUCUCUUGGCUUCAACUGGCGAAGUUUAUAAAUCCCUUUGUUCUUUAAAGACAGGGAAAGGCCCGGGACCGGAUGGAAUCCCGAAUGUAAUUCUAAAAACGUUUGCCUUUGAGUUAGCGCCAGUAAUCGCUGAUAUUUAUAACUCAUCCUUAUACGUGAUGCCUAUUUGCCUCCUCUAUUAAAGAGAGCAACUGUUACACCUCUUCCCAAACAAUCUCCACCGGGCUCCAUUGAAAAUGGUAUCAGACCCAUCUCACUCACUUGCGAAAUUGCUAAAGUGAUGGAAGGUCUCACCUUAGCGAGAAUCCUGCCAUCCAUUAUAAGUCACUUGGAUAACAAAAAAUUUGCUAUGGCUGGAAAAUCUACGCAGCAGGCUAUAGUAUAUAUUAUAUUUUUGGUAGGUACUUGGUAUAGACCACCCAAUUCUCCUAGAGAAUUAUUAAAUCUAUUUGAAAACACAAUCGAUCGAAUCGAUGCUGAAAACUCUGAAUUAUACUUUCUUGGAGAUCUAAAUUGUAAUUUAACUUCUCAAAUCUCUGAUGCAAACACUUCUGAUUUGUUAAAUAUCCUAGACACUUAUGGUUUGACACAAUUAAUCUCUGAACCAACUAGAAUAACACCAGUUUCACAAACCUUAAUUGACCUAUGCAUUACUAAUUACCCAGAGAAAGUGACCUCUUCCGGUGUCCUCUCGCUGGGUAUAAGUGACCAUUCACUUGUCUAUAUCAUUCGCAAAUCUGGUUACCCAAAGACAACGGGAAGGACCAUUAAAUGGAGAGAUUUUAAACACUUUAAUGAGACAAACUUCCUUGAUGGUCUUUCCCAGCUAAAUUGGGAUGUUAUUCAAAAUUAUGAUGAUCCAAACGACAUGUGGAGAGUUUGGGUUGACAUGUUGAUGAACGUGAAGUGAAGUGAAUAAACAUGCCCCAAUAAGGGAGACUAGAAUUGGUAAAAAAAGAUCCCCUUGAAUCACUCCUAAUAUACUACAACAAAUGCGUUCAAUAGAUUAUUUUAAAAAGAAGUUUGAAACCACUAAAGACAUUUCUACUUGGAAUUUAUAUAAGAAAGCUAGAAACGAAGUGAACAACAAUCUGAAACAAUUGAAACGUGACUAUUUCAGUACCAAUCUUGACUUAGCAAAAAAUGACCCGAAGAAAACCUGGAAUCUUAUAAACCAACUUAAUUCUCGUAAUGUUAGCAAACGCUCUACUGUUAAUAGAGUGCAGAAGUAACAGAUACGCAUGAAAUAGCUGAGGCAUUUAACACACAUUUUACCGAGAUAGGUGAAAACCUGGCUAAAAGUAUUCCUAUAAUUGAUGUCAACCCAAUAUCUUAUAUUAACUCUACAAAUAGUGUGUUUUCCUUCAAGACAAUUGAGAUUAACUAUGUUAAAGAUUUGCUUGGAAGGAUAAACACAAAAAAAUCUAGUGGUCCCGACAACAUUCCAUGCAAAUUACUAAAGUUAGCUAGUGAUGUUGUAUCCCCUUCCCUAACGCAUAUAUUUAACAAAUCACUUUGCACUAGCAUAUACCCAAAAGAAUGGAAAAUCGCCAAUGUCACACCUAUCCAUAAAGAUGGUGCCAAACACGACCUCAACAAUUAUCGUCCAAUCUCAAUUAUUUCAGCCGUUGCAAAAUUAUUUGAAAGUAUUAUUCGCUACCAAUUUGAUUACUAUUUAACGUGCAAUAAAUUACUGAAUAAAUGUCAGUCUGGAUUCCGAACAAUGCACAGUACGGUCACUGCACUGCUCGAAACAACGAAUAGGUGGUUGAUAAAUAUCGACAAUGGACUACUCAAUGGUGUAGUUUUUAUCGACUUAAAAAAAGCUUUCGAUACUAUUGAUCACGCAAUUCUUCUGGAUAAACUUGCUCAAUACGAGGUUGCUGAAAACGCAUUAACAUGGUUCCACUCUUAUCUAACAGAUCGUACACAAAGAUGUUGUGUAAAUGGACAUCUAUCUAGUAAUCGACCAAUCACUUACGGUGUCCCCUAAGGUUCAAUAAUAGGUCCCCUUUUAUUCUUGGUCUAUAUCAAUGACUUGCCAAACUGCCUGAACAAUGGCUUAUCGAGUAUGUACGCGGAUGAGACAAAUAUUAGCUUUCAAAGCUUUAAUCUUUCUGAUCUUGAAGAAAUUAUGAACACCGAGCUGAGUAGUUUAAACACCUGGCUCAAUGCGAACAGAUUAAGCUUAAAUAUUACUAAAACUGAAUUCAUGGUCAUUGGCUCUCGACAGAGGCAGAUGUACCAUGAUGUUAACAAUCUUAAUAUAUGUGUAGAUAAUACUCAAAUUAAAAGAGUACAGUACACGAAAUCCUUAGGUGUAACAAUUGAUGAAAAUUUAACUUGGAAGAACCAUAUUGAUACUAUCUGUAAAAAAGUAUCCUCAGGAAUUGGUGCCCUCAAACGAGUGAGGCGAUUUGUAAACAAGGAAAUUGCAGUGAAAGCGUACAAAGGCUUAAUUGAGCCUUACCUUAAUUACUGCUGCCCGGUUUGGGACGGUAUUGGCAGCGAGCUGAGCAGUAAGUUACAAAACUUACAAAACCGUGCUGCUCGCAUGAUCACCGAAAGCACAUAUGAAAACUCCUCGAAUUCUUUACUGCAGGAGUUAAACUGGCACCAGUUAUCUCUUAAUCGCAAAAAGCAUAAAGCAAUUCUUACGUAUAAAACUAUAAACAAGAGGGUACCAGAAUAUCUACAAGACAUAUUUAUUUCGCGGUCUUGUCUUUACAGAUUGAGAAACAAUGAAAAUACAUUAUUUGUCCCUAAGCCACAUACAGAUUAUCUAAAGCGCUCACUCAGCUACGAUGGAGCUGUUUUAUGGAAUAGUUUACCAACUGAACUUCGUUCGGCACAAUCUGUCAGUGCUUUUAAACGAGGUCUAGAAUGUUGGUUAGCUUAGAUUCACACACGGCAAUCAUGUAAAUCAGUACUGUUCUGUCUUUUGUAAAUAGCAUUUGUAUUUUUUUUCCCUUUUCCUCCUUUUUCUAUACUUUAUUUAUAUAUAUCUAUAUUAUGUAAAUUUUUACUGAUGAUUCUACCGUGUCAAAAUAAAGUUUAUAAUAAUAAUAAUAAUAAUAAUAAUAAUAAUAACACGAAAUCGUGAAAACAUUCGUUGACGUACGUCAAUGACGUCAUAAUUAACCGGUAAAAUUAUGGGAACCACUGAGUAUUUUAAUAAAAUAUAAAACAAUGGUAACUUCGAAAAUAAACAUUUUAAUAUUGUCGCUUUCCCGCUGGUCAUAUUCAGCAAAUUUUCUCCCAGUACCGCAGGCUCGCAUUUUCAGCGAACUUGGUUGUGAAAAAGUGAAACUUUUGCAUUUUGCACAGAACUGCCCACUUUUUGUAAGAUGUCCGCUGACAAUACGAGCCCGCACGAAUGGGAGAAAUUUUGCUAAAUUUGACAAACGUGUUUCGACUAAAAUUCAGUCAUCGUCAGGAAAUAUAUUUCAUAUUUUUUAAAUUUAUAAUCAUUCCUGAUGGUAAGUGGUAACCGGCAUAUGAGCGAGUCAUGAAUUUUACUGAUGGAAUUUUAUAGGAAUUUUACUUGUAAGUUGUGACGUUGUAACUGAAGAUUUAAGGGCUUAAGUGAUUUCGUGUGCUUGGAAAACAUGAUUUACAUCACGAAACAAGAGAAGGUAUCGAUUUAUUAUUUAAGCCCGUUUUUGGGCGAAUAUUUGUUCGCGCGAAGCGAAAACCAAAUUUCGGCAAUGUGAUUGGUCAGCGACAACAUUCGCCGCGAAAAAGUUGGAUCAGUUCCUACUCUUUUACUUGUCGCUUCGCGCGAACAAAUUCGCCCAGUGGAAAACGUCAUUCUAGUGAUUGUCAUUCUACUUCCUGUUAAAUAUUUGUUAAAACUCAGUGGUCCCGUAAUUUUUACCGAUUACGUAUGACGUCAUUGACAUCAACGAAUGUUUUCACGAUUUCAUGUUUGUCAAUAGAGCCCCACCCCCCGCUUCGGUAAAUUUAGUUCUACAGCACGGUGGAAAGCCUUGCAAAGUCUCUAUUGCACUAUUCGUCGACUAUUCGUACUAUUCGUCGACUAUUCGCGGACUAUUCGCACUAUUCGUCGACUAUUCGUACUAUUCGUCGACUAUUCGCGGACUAUUCGCACUAUUCGCGGACUAUUCGCACUAUUCGUCGACUAUUCGCGGACUAUUCGUACUAUUCGUCGACUAUUCGCACUAUUCGCACUAUUCGCUUCACUAUUCUAGUUUUAUCAAUUGCUUUUUGUAUUGCAUUAAAUAGUAGUCUUAGACAGUAUUGCACGACGUUUUUGUAUUUACAAUAAUGGUGUGCACUACUAGUACAGCCGCAAUUUGUGGUCACGCAACGUUAGGUAAACCUAAACGAGUUCGACAGACAGUUGAUUUUUUGUUGACAGACGAUGAGAAUAACGGUAAGCAAUAAUGUAGACUGAAAUGUUCCUUUUCUACUUCCGAGUGUGGAAAAUUCCGAGACACAGUAGACUGUUCUUGCUGGCGUGAAAGAAUGGCAUAAUAGUUAUCACUUGCAAAUUUAUCACCUUUUAAAGCUUGUCGGAAAGAAGAAUAUAAAUUAAUUCUAAUUUUCAGAGCCUUUCUAAUUUUAUUGUUUACUGAAAAAAGGAAUAACAUUGAUUAAAUAACUGAGACGUUCAAAUGGGUUACAUCUGUUUGCGCUGAAUUGUUUUGUAUUAUAUCAAAAUAUUCGCACAUUUUUAUAUGCAAUAAGAAAUAAUAACAGAACUGUGACUUAUUUGAAUUCUAGUUGCAUUGAUAAUUGUUUCUAAACCUCGAGACAAUUCAGUUGUUAGAAAACUAUCCAGAGCGAAACUAAAGAAAUAUUGACAUUUGACAUUACAGCGAGUAAACAUUUCUUUCGGCCAGGGCCUAUAUGAUUUUCCCCGAGAUUUAAUUCGUACAUUCUAACGAUACUUUUAUAAAACAGUUUAAAAACGAUGACAAUUCUGUCUGUAGUAUGACUAAUUCUGAGUUUUCCAAUUUCAUUGAACAUUGUUAUUUGUUAAACAGGAAAAGGUAUUUGUUAAAGAGGUAAACAAAGUGAACAGAGCGAAGUAUGUAUAGCAUGUCACAAUCAGGACACGUGGCAUUGAGGCCCGCCGAAGACACUGGACACACUGGCAUUGAAUGACUCUAUCCGUGAAGCCAAACUGUACUCAAACAAUUUGAUUCAACUGCCAAAUCAAAGAAUAAUGAUGAAAGACAUAUAUUUACAUAAUCAAGCUUCAUUCAAUGUAGUGUAAGGUGAUUUUAUCAAUACUUAGGUUUACCAAUAAAGUAUGCUCGAUUUCGACACAUUUUCAAAUUUUACAAAGUUUGCGUGCUUGUCAUUUUUGUCAAAUGGUAAAUCAGAAAGAUAUUAUUGGCGAUUUGUGUUGACUAAUAAAUGUUAGUAGUUUAUACAAAAGUUAAAGUCAUGUGCCAAUCGAGUGCCACGAUUUUGAAAUAAGCUUUCAAAGUUGAUAUAUUUUGAGAAGAUAUCCGUUAUCCGUUCAGGAGGGUCAAUAACUGCUCUGUUUUGUAUUUUAUACCAAAGAAUAAUUAUCUAAGUCAUAUUACCAACAUAAAUAGAAGGAUAAGUCUAUAUUUCUGAGCAAAUAUUUUGAAAUUUAGGUAUGAAUUUGAUUUAAAAAAUAGCGCUGAAAAUAAUAUGUCGAGUUCAAGUUGGUUACCGGCCAAUCGAACAUCAAUCGCCCCCCAAAAUAAUUUAAAGGAAAUUUGAGUAAAAUGAAAUCGAUUUUAGUUGUUCCCAAGGAUAGAUCUUCAAAAUACUAGAGUAUGAGAUAAAUCUAUUUUUGAGCCCCAUAUUGACCUGGAGGUUUUUACGGAGACAGCCUCUUAAUGACCGCUCCCUUAUUUUACAAAAGAACUAACUGCUACCAGAACUUUAGCUAAGCUUUAGUACUAAAACUAUAAAUACACAUUAUAUAAAUUAGAUUCCAUUAAGUAGUAAGUAGCAUCAAACAUUUAUUUAUUUAUUAACUUUACAACCAUACAUAAAAUAGAUUAAACCACUACAAAAUAUGGUUGAAGGUAUGGUCAACAGGACAUGAAUAGCCCCAUGUGAAGACCAACCUUAAUGAAAACAAAAUAUAACAAACAUAAAUCAAAGACGAGAGCAAAUAUACAAUUUACAGAAAACAUGACGAAUUACGAACAACAGCUUACGUUGAAAGAGCGGCACUUAGAACAGAAGGCUUUCCAAGUGCGCAUUCUGUUUACAUCGAAAGAUGAAUGAAGUAGAGAAGAGUAAUGAACAGUUUGUCUGUUUUUAAAGGAGGAAACGGAUGAACUAUUACGAAUGGUGGGAGAGAGAUUAUUCCAGAGAAAGAUAAUUCGGUUGAAAAACGAGUUCCUAAAGAGAGAAGUCCUGCAAUGAUUAACAUGAAGCAAGUUGUCCGAACUUGAACGGGUGUGAGACGAGCUGUUUGAAGAAAAAGUGACGAAAGAGGAGAUAUCUAGGUCGAAGAGACCGUGCUUACAUCUAAAAAAGAAGACGAGAUCCUUUAGUUCCAUCCAGUAGGAUAUUGGUAAUAGAUUAAGCUUCUUAAGGCGUUCAGGAUAUGGCAACUCGUAAUCCUGAAGGAUAAAUUUACUAGCUCGUCUUUGAACACCCUCGAUGAUCGCAAGAUCACGUGACGAUCCUUUAGGUGCCCAGAUCUCACUACCAUAUGACAGUGAGAUCGGACGAGAGCAAGAUAAAGAAGCCUACGACAGCGAUUAUCAGACAUUUGCGUACAAUUCCUACGAAGAAAACCAAGCAUACGAUUGGCUUUUGCAGUGCAGCUGGCGAUGUGAGUGAUCCACUUUAGGUCAUUGCUGAUAACAGCACCCAAGUCUACUUGGUUAGCUAUGCUCUUAACUGGAUCGUUGUUAAGAAAGUAGCAAUGAGUUGGAGGGUUACGUUUGCGGGAUAUCCUAAGUAGGAGCGUCUUCGAGACAUUAAAUUUCAUUUUCCAGUUAAGUGACCAGUUGGACAUAGCGUCCAGGUCAAGCUGAAGGAGACCACGAUCAACUGGUGAUCGUAUAGCACGAUAACACUUGCUGUCAUCAGCAAAAAGUGCAACGGUACUGUUAUUGGUUACCUCUGGAAGGUCAUUUACAUAAAGAAUGAAUAAAAGAGGACUAUUACACUACCUUGUGGCACCCCAGAGGUAACAUUAAGAAAAGAUGAGGAAGCUCCUUUAACGACAACACACUGUUUGCGAUCACGAAGGUAAUCAGCAAACCAGUUAAGAAGUGGACCUGAGAUUCCAAACGAUUUAAGUUUUAACAAAAGUUUGCUAUGGGACACCGAGUCAAACGCUUUAGCAAAGCCGAGAUAAAUCAGGUUUGUUUCCUUUCCAGAGUCAAGAGUACGACCAAGGUCGUUAAGUACACUCAAAAGUUGAGUAUCACACGACCUUUUUCAGCGAAAGCCAUGGUGAAGGUCGUAAAAGGAGUUUUGAACAAAAGAAGAAAUCUGACUGAAAAUUAAACGUUCGAGAACUUUUGAGACUUGAGGGAGUAAGGAAACUGGUCUGUAGUUAGUGACCUCAUGAACAUACAAUUCCACAUAUAACAGAAUUUUAUAUAUCAGCACAAAUUUGAUGCAUUCUAUUCUAUUAAUGAACUAGAUUAUAUACGAGGUUUCUUGUAGUUGCCUGCAUAUUUCAAGUUUAGGAAAACAGAAUGGAGACAUUUCGUGGACACAAUCUCCUGCAUCCGGUCGUGAUGUUGUUUCCAAAAUAAUUAAUGUACUAUAUGCGCCCUUGCAUGCUUUAUUACAGUAAGGGUUUGGCCACCUUGCAGGAACACUGACAAUCUAUUUUUUGACAAUCAGUUAAUUAGAAGAAUUGAAAAAGAAUUGGACUCCCAAUCAGCAAGAAGAUUGCUGUUAAAAAGAAAUGCUACUUGCUAUUAAAGUUGUUAUUUGUCUGGAGAAAAUAAUUCCUUCCAUGCUGCAGUCAAAAUGUUUUAUACAACAAUGUAUUCUUAUGUAAUGGUUCAGCAUUUAAAUUUACAUCACAUGCAGUCUCUGCGACGUAAUUCAAGAGAUAAAUUAUCAUUGCGUUUGAACUAUUAUAUUAGUUGGUGUUAUUCUGAGCGAUUAGCGAAUAUUAUUGGAAAGAGCUAGGGCUUCCAGAUACGUUGAAAUCACCAAAUAUAUAGCUCAUGCACACAUUUCUCCAUUUCUUCGUAAGUUUACAGAGCAGAUUUUAUACUUCGGCACUAAUCUUUGUCUUUGAUGUGAACAUUCAUUCUUCUAGUUAAAGGUUAUUUGAGAUUGAUCCUGUGAUAAGUCUUCUACCAGCAACCCAAAGAGAAUAUUUCAUUUUAGCGUUGUCUUUGCCGUUACGUUUACUUUGCGUUACUUUCGUUUUAAAUACCAUGAUCGCGUUAAAAGAAUUAUUUUCAGGCCUGUAACAUAGCCAAAAGACUAUAGCAUUAACGUCCUUCUGAUUUUUUAUAGAUAUCGCUGGAACAGAAGAUUUUAGAAAGCGUUGUCUGUAACUUUUCAAAGUUGCAGGCGAGAUAUGUUGUUUACGUCCAACACGCAUAAGAUUACAUACCUCAAAAAUUAAUGGUCAACGGUCUUUUAUUAAAAGGAAGACUGGAUAAUAGAAAUUGGUCCUUUUGAGUGACAUUAUCAUUUGUCGUAAUCGAUCCGUGUCGUUGAACAAUGAAAAAAAUUGUCGUGAAAUUAGUGAAGAUAAAAAUAAUAGCAAUUUGUAAAAUUGUGUGGCUCUUGUCAAAACCGGUGUUGCCAACAACAUAGUUUCUUAGCACUAUACUUGUCGCCUUUAUUCUGAUUGUAAGAUCCUGAUACAAAGUUAAGACUAUAUUUGUUGUUAUUUGCACUCGACUGAAUAAUAGUUAGGCGCUGAUAGGGCGCACCCCUCAGAAAUUCUGUCGAUUAACUCCCAUUAUCCUAAUCUAUUAGAUUUAUUUUUAGUAGGUUUUAUCUUUCUUUAACCUAAAAAUAACAAAAAAGUUAAAUUCACAUCCAAAAUGCUGUGUUUUGGCCUCGUUGAAUAUGACCGCCUAUCCAAAAAUGGCGAAUAUAGCUAAUAUUUUACCCAUUUUGGUUAUAUUAUGUAAAGAGAUAACAAAACAUUUUGGAUGUGAUAUUUUUUGGGUCUUUUACAUUCAAAAGACAUACUUUUAUGUUAUAGCAUAUCUCAGAUGUCCAUUGUCACUAUUUUACUUUCCAAGUUGGCAUUUCUGUGCCAUAUGAAAAGACAUACAACUGAAGCUUACCUGUCUCACAUAUAAACUAUUAAACUAUCCAAAUCAUUUUCAAGAUUCCACAUCACUGAUUUUAAAUUCAUAUCACUGUGACAGUGUCAUUGUUGUAAUAAUGUGUCGCAAUUGUGCAUUCUGUUGAAACUCUAGCACUUUUUGUUAGCAUAACUUCUUUAGUGUAAACAUAAAACGUUACACUGAAGUCGACCAACAAAAGUUAUCAAAGAAAUUACCAUAUCAGCUGAAUGACGAAAUAAACAAAAAUUUCCGAACACAAUUUUUAGAACAACUAUUUUACUGUUUUAAAAUUAUAUUUUCAUAAACAAAAGUUUGUAGACAAAAUACGAAAUGGCAGCCAUGUUUUAUACCAAUAUACUAUAUGUGUUACAUGAAGUGUAAGGCAGAUGAGCUACGAGCUACGAGCCUGCAGUAUAGUUUUGAAAGCACAAUAUUAACUUUGAAAAUCAUGGCAAUCAGUAUGAACUGUAUGCAAAAGUUUUACUCUCAAUUGGAAAAUUUCUUGUACGAAAGUGUUCAAUAUUAAUAACUUACUGACCGAGAGUGAGGGCAGUACGGGAAAAUAUCCAAUCGAGGUCUUGCUGUAUUGACCGAGCGAUAGCGAGGUCAAUACAGCAAGACCGAGGUUGGAUAUUUUCCCGUACUGCCCGAACGGUUGAGGUCAGUAAGUUUUUUAUUAUAUGGCAUUGUACGCUUGUAAAAAAUGGAAGAAAAGGUCACGCGAGGGCAAAGUACAAAGUCCGAAACAGUUUGAAAAAAAACAAUUGUAAAAAAUGUUCUUUUGUUAAUAGUAAAACUGCUCUACAGUACUUUUAUAUAGAAUACUACUACAGUUUGGAUAGUAUUUCAAGAAAAAUACGUGUAGUAUAAAUAAGUAUUUUAUAUAUGGACUAUUGUAUAGUAUGUUAUAUUAUAUGUUAUACUAUAUAUUUUACUAUUUUAUAUAAUAUGUUAUGGAUAUUUUACUUUGCAAAUCAUGUGUAAUAAUCCAUCUUUAUAUGUUCUCUAAUUACAUUAUGUUAUUUAUGUCCUGGGAAGUGAUUCAGCCAAAAAAUACUAUCCAACCAACAUUUUCCCAUUUUUUGGCUCCGACACCUUGUUUGACAAAUGUCGGCAAACGUCUGGAAAACUUUGCAUUUUCAGAAAAUUUUUGUCCCAGUCAUGACGGCAGAGGGAAAAUAUUAAAAGUCAAGAAAGCACAGGCAAAUGGGAUCAUUUGUUCAGGAAUGGCGGAUAAAUAUUUAUAGGGGUGCGCUCAUUGAGCGCACCCCCGGUACAAAUAGGGUUAAGCCCAUAUAUGUCGUAGGCGUAAAUUCCAAGGCCAAAAAUUUGGCAACUGUUUAGGUUAGAUAGUAUUAUUACGGAAGUUAUUUUCUAGAACUUAAAGACGUGUUUUUGUUAUUGUCUUAUCACGCGGUCUUUUCAAAAUGACUCUGGCUUUCGUUUCAAAACACAUGGAUUUACCGAUGGUGAAUAUACAUUUUACAGGUUACUGAUCGAAAGCUUGAGAGAUAAAUGUGUAAGGUAAAAAAAUAUAAAGUUACGUUGGAUAUAAAAAUACUAAACUAUAUAGCAUCAAAAAUAUGGCUAUAUACGAACAUUCAAUUCUUUCAGUGAUUUCUUUUGUUAAGAAAGGGUCUUUAAUUUCUGGCCUAACGCUUCCGUAUCACGCUCACUGCUGUUGUUCCCUUUAGCUGUGAGUGAAUAAUUGACUGUUGGUAGUUUAGCACAAAUUUUAUGUUUUGAAACCGUUCUGAUUGGCUCCCUCAGCAGAAACUCUGAGGCAAUACUUACUGCUCUGAGCACUAUAACUAUUGCUUUAAAAACAAAUGGCUUCCAAAAGUCCAGUUGCAAACAAAUCAUCGAAGAAAAAGUUGAAGAAAUUAAAGCACAUACUAUUCCUUUAAGGUUACCGAACACCUUUGAGUGUUAAUUUUGCCUAAAAUUUUUUUAUUGGUUUCAGUGAAAGUAUUAGACUACAAUCCUGGUCAAAACUUUUGGCGCACUUGACACAGACUGUGCGAAAUUUGAUUCCCAUUUCAAUAACAAGCAUAGCAACCCCUCCUUUCCCCCGUUCAAUGUUGUGUGCUGUGUGUUAGACGUCCAAGGUGUUACACAACAUUGAUUGGGGGGAUAGGGGGAUGUCUGAACAUGAAAUUGUGCAUAAAAUGCGCAAGUAUGUAUAUGGUAAUCAGAAAUGAAGUAAAAGUUAAGCUAUUUCGACUAAGUGCGCCAAAGAUUUCUGACCAGGAUUGUCUGAAUGUGCAUUAUCUUACAUUUCCAUUUUUAUUUCAUAACAAAACAUUGGUCUUAUUCCUUGAAUCGUUAGUGAACCUUUAAUAAUGUUUUGCGUAUUAAUAACGUGCGUCUAAAUAAACAAUAAACAUUUAUAAUAUAAUAAUAGGCCUAAUAAAAUAUAAUGAUAAUGACAGAUUAAAGGUGCGCAAUUUCAUACAUAUAUCCUUUUUAGAAUUUCAACUUUAAUCUUACUUAAUCUGACAACAUUAUGGGCGUGUAAACAUUUUGAAAAGUAUUUAAGCCGUAAUUUGAGGUCUUGUUAUACAUUUCAAAUACUACAUUUGACGACUGAACUGCUUAUUUGAACACAUGCAUUCGCAGAGCGAAUAUAAUGGCCUCACUGGGUGUUCGACAACAAAAAAUUGUUUAUCUCAUAACUUACAGCAGAGUUGAUUUUACUAAAAUUGCUUCUAAAGAUAAAUUCGCUGAGGCAGUCAUAGAAAGCUGGGGAAAAUGUGGAAUAAAAUUAGCUUUUUGGGUUGUCGCAAUGGAGAAGCAUGCAAAUGCUGCCAGCAGUUGUGAAAGUAUUGAAGCGAGUGAUUACCAUUUUCACAUGGCAAUUAAGUUGCAGAGACGGGGACGGUGGUUAAUGGUAAGAAAUAUUUUAGAUGAUGUCCACGGACUCAAAGUCAAUUUUAGUUCGAACCACAAUACAUACUAUAGUGCGUACAAGUAUGUUACGAAGGAAGAUCCUGAGCCAUUGUUUUCAGACGGGCAUCCUGAUAUCUCGAAUGAUGCUCCCAGGACCGAGAAGGCAAUUGCAUCUCGUUGCAAGAAGGGCAACGUUGGAAAGAAAGGGAAAAGAUUGAAAAAGCGUGGCGAAAGACUGAGUGUUUUCGAUGUGACGCAGAUAGUUCAAAAGAGAAGCAUUCAGAGUCGUCUUGAGCUGGUAGCGUUUGCUGUGUCACAAAGUCGGGAAGGAAACACAGCUUUGGCAAAUUUCGUGGCAAAUAGAGGGCAUAAGUGCGUCCAAGAAGCAUUGUCCUUAACGAAAGAGUUUGCAGAAGCCGAAGAGAGAUUAUCGCGUUCCAAAAAAACUCGCAUUCAAAUUUUAAUCGAGUUUCAAGGUGCUAAUUGCGUUCCAGAUUGUGAAGGAAGAUGGUAUACUGCUGCAGUAACGCUUAUGGAACAUCAUGGAAUUAUGAUUUCAGCGUUUGCCACGGCAAUCUACACGGUUCUGGAGAAGGGGAGGGCAAAAUAUCAGAAUAUUUACAUUCACGGACCAGCAAACACGGGGAAAACCUUCAUUUUGUCACCUCUGAAAGCAAUUUACAAUGCGUUUUGCAAUCCUGCAACUGGUUCAUUCGCAUGGAUCGGAGUCGAUGAAGCAGAAAUAAUUUUUCUGAACGAUUUCAGAUGGGAUCCAAAGAUUAUUGUCUGGGCUGAUUUCCUUCAAGCUCUUGAAGGAGAUAUUGUUCAUUUGCCAGCCCCUAAGAACGUAUGUCCCCGAGACAUUGAACUUAAAGCUGAUAUUCCGUUCUUUGCCACAGCAGACGCACCUAUCGUGCAAGUGAAGGGUGGCUCAAUUGACCGAGCUAAUACGGACAUGAUGAACGUGAGGUGGCAUUUCUUUCACUUCUGGAAGCAAAUUCCUCGCGCGGAACAACAAAGAUUGACACCAUGUGGACAUUGCUUUGCUAAGUAUGUUUUAGAUAACAAAUUAUAAAUUAAAUCGCAUUAGUCAUUGACGUAAUAAGUACUUACAACUAUGUUUCACGCGCAGAUAUGUAUAACAUAACGUCAUAGGUCCAUACAUCACUCCAUCAAAAAAUUCAUUGUAAAUCUAUUAAAUUUUAAUAUUUGCUAAUAAUACAACGAUCUUUGAUAAUGAUAUUUAAUGGUGAACUCAUUUGCUUUGAAAUAAAUAAAUUAUAACUAUAUCUUGCAUUAUUUUGAACAGUGCUCCCCAUUUUCCUAAAGAAUUCAGUGAGAUAGUCAAGGAAUUUAAGCUAAGUUUGUGGAGUACUGAUCUUAAUUUAGUAAUAAUGACCUAAAUAAAAUUUUUAAAUGAAUAAAUGCAUUUCCUCAAGCAAUGCAAACCACUUUGUGUAUCCGUAAACAAAAAUUUUUGCAUCCUUGGCAAAUAAUUAGGAAAUAUCAAGGGAGCACUGUCUGUAAUUUUGCCUUGCUGCACCAUUGGAGUCACGCUGUGAAGACGUGUAAUUGUACUUUACAUUUGAUCUACUUGUUGACAGCAAGAUAAUUGCCUAUUUGCGCAAAUGGAUACACCUAUUUUAAUCAAUACUGCCCUUAGUCUGCCUUGAAUUACUAUAUAUAACAGUAAAAGAUAAAACUCCUAGUAUUUUAUGCGAUUUCCUCUUGCUUUAAGAACAGCAUCUACUCGACUUGACAGGCUUGAAAUAGUACGAUCGAUUACAUCAGUUGAGAGAUUUUCCAUGGAUUUUAAAACCCGCGCUGUAAAGUCUUGAAACGUUUCCGACGUUAUAUUAUUAGCAAUUGCUUCAUUCUCGAGACUUUUCUUUACCAAGUGAAAGACAUUUUCAAUUGGAUUCAGGUCAGGCGAUCUAGCUGGAAUCUUGUGAAAUUCAGCCUCGACUUUUUCCAUUGCUUUUCGCGCUGCUUUACUCGUUUGUGAUGGGUCAUUAUCCAUGAGAACAUGACAGGCGUCGACCGUUCUUUUUACGUCCGCACUUUGCAAAACAAGUAUUAAAAUGCUUUGCAAUGAACUCUGCAAAGAAAUUGCCAUUCAUUUUCUCAUAGGGAACUUUGAGAACCACACCUUUCCCGUAAGCUAUAGCGACAAUUACGUGCAGUCUCUUUCCACCAGCUAAUUCUUUAGAACCUUUCCCUGUCACCAAUAGCCCUUCUGACAUUUUUCUCCAAACCCUUGCUUUGGGGGCAAUCACGCUGUUCAACGGAUUAUGUUUGAAAACAAAAGAAACACCAUCCAAGUAAAAUGCUACUUCAUUUUUCCAAAAACUCUUAUUUUGGUUCAUGUAACGCUUCAUUUGUCAGCUUGAAUAUUUCAUACGUAAUAUUUUGUCUCUUUCUGUCACUAAUCCCUUUUUGCGUACCUGAUAAAACCCAUAACCUUUCUCGUUCAAUCUACGCGAAAAUGUGCGCCGACUUGCCAUUUGUAACGUGAGGCCACUUUCCCUUACGAGUGUUUUAACAGUUACGUUCGGAUUUUCCUUCCUCGACUUUUUCAGGCAUCUUAUUAAUUUUCUAACAGAUCGCGCGUCAACUUUUCUUGGGCGACCCUUGUUGCCUUUUAACUGUUUAGAUCUCAGCGCAACUGGUUGUUGGUCUUCCCUCCAUAUUCUUGCUACUGAUGAUGGGCUUAUAUGACAUUUUCUCGCGAUCUCCCUAUUCGAAAAACCCGAUUCCUUUCUAUAAUAAAGUACUAAAGCCCUUGUCUUUGCUGUGAUUUUUCUUGUGUAAACCAUCCUUAAAUGAAUCUAAUUAUCAAAGUGCAUAUUAUUCAAAUUUAUUUUGUAGCCUGCCUCAUUUUAUAUAUACGGGAUUCUCAUGAUUCAUAGUAACACACCCCACAUAUGACGUCAUAAUUAUCAAUAUUAUCAUGACGCGCACGCUAGGCCGUUUUCAAUAACUCCCAACGAAAAAAUCUAGAACACGCCACCCAAUAUACGUUGAAAACACGUUACUAAUGCUUCGGUACAUUCUGAGUCAAAACUGUAUAUGUAUAUAAAUUUUAGUUUCAUUUUUAUAUUCGGACAAUCCUGGUCAAAAAUUUUGGCGCACUUGACAUUGACUGUGCGAAAUUUGACUCCCAUUUCAAUAACAAGCAUAGCAACCCCCCUUUCCCCCGUUCAAUGUUGUGUGUUGUGUGUUAGACGUCCAAGGUGUUACACAACAUUGAUUGGGGGGAUAGGGGGAUGUCUGAACAUGAAAUUUUGCAUAAAAUUCGCAAGUAUGUAUAUGGUAAUCAGAAAUGAAAUAAAAGUUAAGCUAUUUCGACUAAGUGCACCAAGGAUUUCUGACCAGGAUUGUAGUUAUGUAUGAGAUGUCAACGGUCCAGUUAAUUUUGAUGCUGACAGAAUUGAUUGCCUAAAACUUAAUCCAUUACUUCUUGAGAAACACAAAAAUGUUGCCCUAGCCAAACAUUUUGAUCCUGAUUCUAAUUUCUUUUCUGACACACUUAACUGUGAUUAUUUUAUUGAAAAUACUUAAAAUGAGAUGUUGAAAACGAAAAUUCUGCAAAGUAAUAGUUUAUUUCAUAUAAAUGCACGGAGCCUUAGCCAUAAUUUUCAGCCACAAGGGAGAGGUGAAGGUGCAGAUUCUUCACAAGUAAGACCAAGAAGAGGUCGCAGACAGCUUGUGCCUGAAGAAAAUGCAGCACAGAAUCAGGCCAAUCAUGAAGAACAAUUAGUGGUAAUGCUUUAUAUUUAGUAAUUUAGUAUGUUUUUCACACACUGCUGGGGGACUGUGUUUAAGUGGGCACCAGGCUGUCCGAGAAACUUUUUUGUUUGCCUCGUACAGUAUCAACCUGACUUAUUUCCUGCCGACCCCAUAACAGAAGGAAAGUGUUACUAAAGAGUUAUUCCUUUAUAGUAAUUUGAUAUAAGCUAAUAAGCAAAAACAAAGAAUUUGUGUUUUGAAAAUUAGAGUAUGCACUUUCAUUUGUGAUCAUUUACAGCAUUUUUGCUGUAACAAAAAAAUCCAUGUUACAAUUAGAUACUAUUUUCAUUAUGUCAGAAUAGAGUAAUAGACCAAAAUAGAUUUAGUACAAUAAUUAACUAAUAUUUACAAAGUCAAUAAUGUAAAUUGAUACAAGAAUAACAAGAUAAAUAUAACAACCUAAAGGUUGAACAAGACAGUUGGCUUAUCCUUAUGACAGUAAAUUAAAUAAUUAAUAUAUUACACUUUGAAGACAAUUAUCUUUUUAUUGUAGAAUCUUGUGGAGGGCCUUAAUGUGGAUGAUCUGAGGAGGUUGGCCUUAGAGUUGCUACGACGACAACCAGCAGCAUUUGCUGACAUAAUUAAUGGAGAACUUGCUGCUGGAGAUGGGUUACCUGCAGAUCCGCCAAAUCCCCCUCCAAAUGAAAAUGUGCCAGAGUGGUGCAAGUGUGGGCAUUGUGUUGUAAUGCCUACACAGGAAGAAAACAAGUGUUGUACCCAAUCAAGGCGUGCAUGUGUCACAACAACAACAUUGUUCCCACAGUUUGUAUUGGAUGCUAACAUUCUUGACAUUGCCAUGCGGUACAGGGAAGAUGUGUUGGUUUUAGACAAUGCCCAUAACAAUGAAAAUUUUCGUCAUGCAGCUUACAGGCAGUUUGUCCUUUGGCAACAUGGGCAUUUAGGAAGAGGCAACAGAAGGGUUGUGCCUAGUUGUUGUGUGACAGCUAUACGAGCCUGUUACCCUUCUCCUAAUGGAAUUUAUACUGGUUAUAGGCCAGCUAGAUUGUAAAUAAAUAUUCUUAUGCCAUGGGUGCCAAAACCAGUAGAAAUAAAAAAAAUUAAUCACUGUUUAUUGUAGGUUAUCGAAUUAGUUUUCUAAAGGUGUUAUAUGCAGGGAAACACAUGGUGGUCAACCGUAUAUGUAUCAUGUACCGUUAUGACUUAUAAAGUGCAAAAGGUCAAUACUUAUAGUAAGUGAACAACUACUGUAAUCCACUACGGUAACUGUGUUUCUUUGACCAUCAUGUGCCAAGAGUGACGUCAUAUUAAAGUAAAUAAUCUAUUACCUGAAAAUAGGAGGACACUUUCUUUGAAAUUUUGAGCAAAUACCAUUUGUGAAGAAAUCUAGUAAAAAUACCAAAUUCUCGAUAAACCGCUGUUUAGGCCUUUCCUCAAAACUUCAAAGUUUUCCCCCGUCUUUCAGGUUGUUCGAUAACCUACUAUAAACAUCGAUAAUGGGCGUCUGUGGCAUUUGUUACGUCCAAUUCUCAGUACAGGCUUAUACAGUAUGCAAUGUUGUUCAAGGGUCAACGCUUUGCCGAAAGUUGUGGUUCUCCUAAGCCAUUUAACCCAUUAACCACCAGUACUCUACCACCGACAAGUAAAACUGUCUGGUGUUAGACAGAGUAAAUACUAAAGUAGGGUGCAUUUGGGCAGAUCGACUGUUAAUGUAUAUAGUGGUUAUAAAUUUUCUAUAAGAAAAACUAACAUGUUUGCAUGGCUUGGCUUGAGGUAUACUCGCUUUGCCCAUUUAGGCAUAGGAACCAAUCACAAGAGUUCCUCCGCUCGGUGCUGUCUGACUGACUUUGUAGCUUAGUGGUUGAGAGUACUGCACAAGAUUUGCCAAAGCGUAGGUUUGAUUCCUACAGGAGGACCUACUGUAAGUUGCAUUUUUUGCAAUUCCCGGUUAGGUCUACAAAUACCAACCAUCUUACAAUACAACUAAUUACAUUAAGCAUACUGUUCGAUUUAAAGUGCAUUUUCAUUUUAGGGCUUCGAAUUUCUAAAGUAUUCUAAUACCCACAGGGUACCACAUUUCAAAUUUAUCAAAUUGCCUUGUUAGUUCUAUAAAUUUUAAAUACUGCUAUUUUAGGUAUCAAAGUAGAUUUCAAAUUUGAAGCCCUCAUUUAAAAAUUUAAAUGCCCAUUAGCAAAUUUAAAAUCUUGAUUGAUGGGCCUCUACAAGUGAUUGUACGGAAGGAGGAGGGAUGAGAGAUAUAUUUGGUGCAAUUCUCCUCGGAUCUUCCUCCAGAAUACCAAUUCUUUGACUCGCACCACCUGUGGAGUUGGCUCUCUUCUCAAAAAUCUUUAGAAAGAGCAUCUCAAUGUAAGAGUACUCUUUGGGUUCCAACACUUUAACAGCACACCAUUGCUUUGACCUCUUGCUUUGACCUCUUUAACAGCAGACCAUUGCUUUGACCUCCUGCUUUGACCUCUUGCUCCAUCCUAAAUAAAAUUUUUUUUAAAUUUAAUUGCAAAGAUGCUUGGUAGCAAUUAUAUCAGAAAGUGAUGGCGUAAUGUGUAUUGGUUGACACUAUAGUGAAUUAAACAUAUCUCGGUUUUGCCUUUUGGGUACAUUUAACUAGCAACUACUAGAUAAAUCAGGAUAUUGUAUCACUUUCAGUAAUUAUAAAUAUUUCUAAACAUACAGUACAAUACCUUGGUCGACCAUCUGCUGUGGUUGCUACAUCUCUGUUCCUGUGGUGGUUAAAAUCAAUAGCUGCCAACUGGUUCCGGAGACGAUAUCCAACAAACCUAUAAUUCAAGAUAGGGAUAAACUUGUAUUUAGUUUUAGUAAAAACUACUCACAUUAUACUGUAGUCACUUUCUGUACGGUAUGUCACUACUUAUUGAUACUGUAAAAAUAUAGCCAACAGCCAUCUUUUUGGUUUACUUCUUCACAAUUUUAUUAAUAAAUUAUCAAAAACUUUUUGAAACUUGUUUUCUUACUCCUUUUUUUAUGGAAGCAGUUAGAUUAUUCACUCUCUCGAUUUCCAAGAAGUGAUAUUUGAUUUGGGCUUUACUACCAUAGACAUAGUGAUAGAAAUCUAUAGUGUUUCUGUGUUUGUAAUCUAAUUGCUUAAAUUAUAAAAAAUAAAUUUGUAUACCAAUAUUCAAUAGAAUCACUGAAUAGUGACAAUACAAAACAAACAUGAUACUCAUACUGUACAUACGUGUAAGAUUGACGCUUUGCAGCAUACAUUAAUAUAUGGUUAUGGAACGAUUCCAAGAAUCCAGUGUGCCUAUAUAGAUGUGAAAAUGGAGAUAAAUUGUUUGUUUUCCAGAAGUUAUAAAAAACCAUGCAUGCAGUUACA